AGUCCCACGCUUCCCCCCCCCCCUCUCUCUCUGAUUUCAAUCCAAUAUGAGCAAUCGCGCAAUGAAUUGUUAAACACAGCUAUGUUUGGAUCUAGUUAGGCGCUCCGUCGGGGAGAUUAUCGAACAAAAUCCUGAUACAGGUAGGGAGAUUAUCGAACGCAAUCCUGAUACAGGUAGAUAGAAUAUCUGUGGGGUAUGUUUGAUGUUCUGAAAGUAGCGAGAACUGGUGGCGCUUCAUUUGAAUUCCUGGACAGUUCUUGGGUGUGUUAGAAAGAAGUACUCUGAACUUCGAAGGGGGCUGAGAGUUGCUUCUUGGCCCCGGGAAAAUGAGUUAGGAAUUGGUUGAUAGUCUUCGAUAAUGAGCACUGGACUACAUAGCCCAUUUCUGGGGUUUCCACUUGAAUGCUAUCUAAAUAAAAGAAACAAGGGCAAUUUAUUUUAUCGGGAUAGAACAAAAUUGCCCAGAAGGGAGUUCUUCUCGUGUAAAUGUGUAAAGCAAAGUAACUGGUUUUCUCAGGGAAUCAGGUUUUCUCAUUUUUGUGGAAGAAAUGCAGAGCUUUUAUGGAAGAAUCUGGGGUGGAGAGGUGGGUUGAUUGUGAAACGUAUAACAGAGCCCUUUUAUGGGGACAAGGCUUUGGUUAGAUCAUUGGCUCCCUUGUGGGAAGAAGGGUUGCUUCUAAUCAGGUGUUCUGUCUUUUGUGCGGUAAUAUCUGGUGUGUGCUUAUUGGUAUGGUAUGGGCAGGCAAAAGCCAAGACUUUUGUGGAGGCUAAACUUUUACCUUCCGUUUGUUCAGUACUGAGUGAGUAUAUUGAGCGUGAGAUUGAUUUUGGUAAGGUUCGCCGAAUAUCCCCUUUAAGCAUUACCUUGGAAUCCUGUUCGUUUGGGCCUCAUAGUGAAGAGUUCUCUUGUGGGGAGGUCCCCACUGUAAAACUACGCAUUCUUCCUUUUGCAAGUCUGAAGAGGGGGAAGAUUGUGAUUGACGCAGUUUUGUCUAAUCCAAGUUUAUUGAUUGUGCAAAAGAAGAAUUAUACCUGGCUAGGAAUACCCUAUUCUGAUGGUAGUCUAUCGAGGCAUUUGUCAACUGAAGAAGGAAUUGGCCAUCGUACGAAAAUCAGAAGGGUUGCUAGGGAGGAAGUUGCUGCUUGCUAUGACAAAGAGAGAGAUGAUGCAGCCAGGGAAGCUGCGAAAAUGGGUUACAUUCUUUCUGAGAAAAGAUCUCAUGCAUUGGAGGGUGACAUGAAGGAUAAUGCUAAUCACCCAGCUGGACUGGCAACCUCUGAGUCAUUUUUCUGCAUGGACGAGCGACUGCACUGGCGAGAUCAUCACUGUAUGGAUGCAGGGGUUGAGUAUGAAUUGAAGCAUGCAGAUUUGGAGAAAGCAUUUGGUGUAAACAUUCCCGGUGAAGGAGUUAAAUUCUGGUCUAGAUUUGUGCCUGGGCCCAUAAGGCAUAAAUUCAAGAGGAAAGCUAAUGGGCGAGAUGUAUCCGUGUCUGGUUUCACAGCCAAAAGUAGAAUUCUUGAACGCAGUGCACUGGCAGCGCAUGCUUACUUCCUAGGUCUAUCAGAUGGAAAAUCUGGCGAUCCUAAUCAACCAUACGGGGAUAACUUCCUGAAUAUCAAGACGGGUCUGAGCAAAAGUGAGGGUGAUGCUAGUGGCUCCCUGGCUGUAAGAAGCAAUUAUGAAGAAAAUGUAGCAGCUGAUUAUCAGAAUGGGGAAACUAACUUUGGAGGAGGGAAGACUCAAGAGCAUGGAAAGGUUGAAGCUGCUGGUGAUUGUUUGACUGGUGGGGGAAUCUCAGAAUUGAAAAACAAAACAAUUGAUCCUGAUUACAGGCAACAGUCUGGAAUUCAACCUUUUUGUGAUGAAAAACAAUCUGAUCCUGAUGAAAAGCAUCCUGAGGAUCAGGUUAAUGAUUUUGUAUUUUUGCGUGAUCCAUUUCUUAUGACUGUAGGUAGACUACUUAAAAUUAGAGAUUCCAGUGACAAAAUUCCAUCAAUUGCCUUCAGAUCAGCAAUAAAUGAUGGUUCCAAUGUACAUGGUGGAAAAUUAGAAUUUGAUGGCACAAUUAGCAAUGUGGAUACCCCAGGUAACUCCAGCAGGUUGGAAGACCAGAUUUUAGAAUCCCUUGAUAAUAAAUCAAUAGAUCAAGGGGCCCAUAAGUUUCAGGGCUCAGCUAUCAAAAAGCUUGAGUCCUUGCUUGCGGUGAACCCUGCACUCCCAAUUUGGCCUUCAAGCUUGAAUUUGGGAUUGCCUUCUUUACAUAGAAACUUGCAGGAGCUGUGGUCUUUCUAUCUAGCUGGUCCUGCUCAAAGUCUGAAGUCAGAGAUGGGUCCAAAGGUUGAAGAUAUCAUUUCUGAACUGGCUGAGGUAGAUGAGGGGCAGACCUCACAAAUUGAGAAAAUGCUGCCUGUUAUUUUAGAUUCUGUUCAUUUCAAGGAGGGCACAUUAAUGCUACUUGCAUAUGGUGACAGGGAGCCUAGGGAGAUGAACAAUGUCAAUGGUCAUGUAAAGUUUCAAAAUCACUAUGGUCGCGUGCAUGUGCAACUGAGUGGAAACUGUAGUAUGUGGAGAUCAGAUGUAUCAUCUCAAGAUGGUGGAUGGCUGUCUACAGAUGUUUUUGUUGAUAUUGUUGAUCAGAAAUGGCAUGCCAAUUUGAAAGUCAUGAAUCUCUUUGCGCCGCUCUUUGAAAGGAUUUUAGAGAUUCCAAUCAUGUGGUCUAAUGGCAGAGCUACUGGUGAGGUGCAUGUAUGCAUGUCAAGAGGAGAAACUUUUCCUAAUCUUCAUGGGCAGCUUGAUGUAACCGGGUUGUCCUUCCAAAUAUAUGACGCUCCAUCAUGGUUUUCUGACAUGUCUGCAAGUUUAUGUUUCCGUGGCCAACGCAUAUUUUUGCACAAUGCAAGUGGCUGGUUCGGCAGCGUUCCUUUAGAAGCUUCUGGAGAUUUUGGCAUUAACCCGGAGGAGGGAGAAUUUCAUCUUAUGUGUCAGGUUCCUUGUGUUGAAGUAAAUGCCCUGAUGAAAGCUUUUAAGAUGAAGCCUUUUUUGUUCCCGCUGGCUGGUUCAGUAACUGCAGUAUUCAAUUGCCAAGGCCCCUUGGAUGCUCCUAUUUUUGUGGGAAGUGGAUUAGUUUCAAGGAAAAUAGCUAAUUUAGUUUCUGAUUUUCCUGCAUCAUUUGCAUCUGAGGCAAUGAUGAAGAAUAAAGAUGCGGGUGCAGUGGCAGCAAUUGACCGUAUCCCAUUUUCAUAUGUUUCAGCGAAUUUUACUUUCAAUACCGAUAAUUGUGUUGCUGACUUGUAUGGAAUCAGAGCUAGUCUUGUUGAUGGUGGAGAAAUCCGUGGGGCAGGGAAUGCUUGGGUUUGCCCUGAGUCAUUUCUUCAGGGUGAGGUGGAUGAGUCAGCAAUGGAUGUGAACUUCUCAGGGAAUUUAUGUUUUGACAAUAUUGUGAAACGAUAUUUACCCAGUCAUCUUCGGUUAAUGCCAUUCAAAUUAGGGGAUUUAAAUGGAGAAACAAAAGUUUCUGGAUCCCUAUUAAAACCGAGGUUUGACAUUAAAUGGACUGCACCAAAAGCUGAAGGGUCAUUCAAUGAUGCUCGAGGAGAUAUAAUCAUAUCUCAUGAUUAUAUUACAGUUAAUUCUUCAUCAGUAGCCUUUGAAUUGUCUGCUAAAGUCCAAACAUCUUAUCCUGAUGAAUACUGGCUAAACAGAAAAGAGUAUGACGUGAAAGCUGUCAUGCCCAUAAUUGUGGAAGGAGUUGAAUUGGAUUUACGUAUGCGCAGUUUUGAAUUUUUCAGCUUCGUCUCUUCUUAUGCUUUUGAUUCUCUAAGACCCAUGCAUUUGAAAGCAACUGGAAGACUCAAGUUCCAAGGGAAGGUUAUUAAGCCUUUUGAAGUUACUGAUGAGCAAUUUUUUUGUUCCAAUAUGACAAUGGAGGAUGUACAAGUGAAAGACAAACAAGAUACACAUAGUCUUGUUGGGGAGGUUUCGAUUUCUGGUCUCAAACUGAAUCAAUUGAUGCUUGCACCACAGUUACUUGGCACAUUAAGCAUCUCGCGUGAAUGUAUCAAGUUGGAUGCCACGGGUCGGCCAGAUGAAUGUCUUGCUGUGGAGGUUGGAGGAGCAUUACAGCCUAGUGCUGAAGAGAACUUAACUCGAAAAGUACUAUCUUUUUCUCUUCAAAAGGGGCACCUGAGGGCUAACAUUUGUUACCGCCCAUUACAUUCAGCUAACUUAGAGGUACGCCAUUUGCCACUUGAUGAAUUGGAGCUGGCUUCUCUUCGAGGAACAUUGCAGAGAGCUGAAAUUCAGCUCAAUUUCCAGAAAAGAAGGGGCCAUGGAGUUUUAUCUGUUCUGCGUCCAAAAUUUAGUGGUGUGUUAGGUGAAGCUUUAGAUGUGGCUGCUAGAUGGAGCGGGGAUGUAAUCACUGUUGAAAAAGCUGUUUUGGAGCAAUGCAGCAGCCAGUACGAACUACAAGGUGAAUAUGUGUUGCCUGGCACCCGAGACCGAAACUCUGCUCUUAAGGAAAGAGGGAGCUUAUUUGAAAGAGCAAUGGCUGGGCACCUUGGUAGUGUGAUAUCUUCAAUGGGUAGAUGGAGAAUGAGACUCAUAGUUCCUCGAGCUGAGAUUGCUGAGAUGCUUCCUCUUGCAAGACUUCUUAGAAGUACAGAUCCUGCUGUUCUAUCUAGAUCCAAGGACCUUUUUAUACAAAGUUUGCAGUCAGUGGGACUGUAUGGUGAAAGCCUUCAGAACCUGCUUUCGGAAAUUCAGGGGCAUUCUACUGCACCUAAUGAAGUAGUCCUUGAAGAGUUGAGUCUUCCAGGUUUAUCUGAGCUUAAAGGCCGUUGGAAUGGCAAUCUGGAUGCAAGUGGUGGAGGCAAUGGAGACACAAUGGCAGAAUUCGACUUUCAUGGGGAGGAAUGGGAAUGGGGAACCUACAAAACUCAGCGUCUUCUAGCUGUUGGUGCAUAUAGCAAUGAUGAUGGUUUGCGCCUUGAGAAAAUGUUUAUUCAAAAGGAUAAUGCCACAAUCCAUGCAGAUGGAACCUUGUUAGGCCCAAAAACUAAUUUACAUUUUGCCGUUCUUAAUUUUCCUAUUAGUUUAGUCCCUACUCUGGUUCAGGUUAUUGAAUCUUCAGCCACUGAGGCUGUGCAUUCUUUGCGGCAACUUUUAGCUCCAAUUAGAGGUAUAUUACAUAUGGAAGGGGAUCUCCGUGGAAAUCUUGCUAAACCAGAAUGUGAUGUGCAAGUAAGGCUCUUGGAUGGUGCUAUUGGUGGCAUUGAUCUUGGACGAGCUGAAAUUGUUGCUUCCCUAACCUCAACCAGCCGUUUUCUAUUCAAUGCAAAUUUUGAACCUGUCAUCCAGAGUGGUCAUGUCCACAUUCAAGGCAGUGUUCCAGUUACGUUGGUCCAAAAUAACAUGUCAGAGGAAGAAAAGAUGGAAAGGGAGAAAAGUGAGGCAACUUGGAGCCCUGGUUGGUCCAAGGAAAGGAGUCGAGGGUCCGCAGACGAAGUCACAGACAAGAAAGCCUCCAGAGAUAGAAAUGAGGAAGGUUGGGAUACACAAUUGGCAGAAGGUCUCAAAGGUUUAAACUGGAACAUUCUGGAUGUAGGGGAAGUGAGGGUUGAUGCUGACAUUAAAGAUGGGGGGAUGAUGUUGUUAACAGCUUUAUCUCCCUAUGCCAACUGGCUUCAUGGAAGUGCUGACGUUAUGCUUCAGGUCAGAGGGACAGUUGAACAACCGGUGCUUGAUGGAUCUGCAUAUUUUCACAGGGCAACUGUAUCUUCACCAGUGCUCCGGAAACCUCUCUCAAAUUUAGGUGGUACAGUUAAUGUAAAUUCAAAUAGGCUGUGCAUUGUUGCAUUAGAGAGCAGGGUAAGCAGAAAAGGGAAGCUGUCAGUGAAAGGAAACCUGCCCCUCAGAACAAGUGAAGCAUCUCUUGGUGAUAAAAUCAACUUAAAGUGUGAGUUCUUUGAAGUACGGGCAAAAAAUGUCCUAAGUGGUCAGGUUGACACUCAUUUACAAAUAUCAGGUUCUAUAUUGCAACCAAACAUUUCUGGGGAGAUUAAACUAAGCCAUGGAGAGGCAUAUUUACCACAUGAUAAGGGCAGUGGAGCUGCUCCUUCUAAUAAGAUGGCAUCAAAUCAAUCAAGGCUUUCAAAUGAUGGCCAUGAUAAGGUGGUUGCAUCAAAAUAUGUUUCAAGGUUUUUCAGUUUUAAGCCCGCUGAUUUCAGAGCCGCAUUCUAUCAACCUCCAGGUAAACAGGGGGUAGUUGAAAAGGAAAUGGGGCAAGAAAAUAGCAAGCCGAAACUAGAUAUCCGCCUUACCGACUUAAAGCUUGUUCUUGGGCCAGAGUUAAGAAUUGUUUACCCUUUGAUUCUCAAUUUUGCUGUUAGUGGAGAGCUCGAGUUAAAUGGCAUGGCUCAUCCUAAGUGGAUAAAACCUAAAGGCAUUCUAACAUUCGAGAACGGUGACAUAAAUCUUGUUGCCACUCAGGUGAGGCUGAAGAGGGAGCAUCUGAAUGUAGCAAAAUUUGAACCAGAUUAUGGUUUAGACCCAAUGCUAGACUUAGCUCUGGUUGGAUCAGAGUGGCAAUUUAGGAUUCAAAGUCGAGCUAGCAAUUGGCAGGACAAAUUGGUUGUGACAUCAACACGUUCUGUGGAACAGGAUGUCCUCUCGCCUACUGAGGCUGCUAGAGUCUUUGAGAGUCAAUUGGCAGAGUCCAUCCUAGAAGGUGAUGGGCAGCUUGCGUUUAAGAAGCUUGCUACUGCAACACUUGAGACCUUAAUGCCGAGAAUCGAGGGAAAGGGAGAGUUUGGACAGGCCAGGUGGAGGCUGGUUUAUGCACCUCAGAUCCCUAGCUUGCUUUCUCUGGACCCCACUGUUGAUCCUCUUAAAUCUCUGGCAAGCAACAUUUCAUUUGGCACAGAAGUUGAAGUCCAGCUUGGAAAACACCUGCAGGCCUCUGUAGUGCGGCAGAUGAAGGACUCGGAGAUGGCAAUGCAGUGGACCCUGAUCUACCAGCUUACAAGCCGCUUGCGAGUGCUUCUGCAAUCCGCUCCUUCGAAACGCUUGCUUUUUGAAUACUCUACCACAUCCCAAGAUUAGGUUUCCAGGCAGCCGAUUUAGAUUCCAUGAACUGGUGUUCCCUUUCUAAGAUAUGAUGAUCUCUUUCUCUUUCUCUCUCUGUGUGUGGCUAAAUCUUUUGGGAGGGGGGUUGGUAGAGGAAUGUAGUAGGAGUGGGCAUUGUAUAUAUCUCAUUAACUUUGCUCGACAUGAAUGAGCAUGUAUUGUAACUACUACACAUUAAUGUCAAGCCAGCCAAUCAAUAUUCUUUGCUCAGAAAUGAAUUGAGCUUUAAUUUGUUCUA